AUGGAAAGAACGUUAGAAAACGAACUAUCGGUUGGUGUCGCUGAAUUAGAUAUCGCAUCUAACGUGAACAUAGGGGCUAGUGAUUCCAACGAAAAUGAUACCGAAGAUUUUUUGUCCGUCGUAGUGCCGCGGGGUCGAAUGGCCGCUAAACUGGCUGCAGCAGCCCCAUAUAACUUUUUCCUAACCACCAUAACCAAUUCUGAACCUACGCAUACUGAUCCACUCUCCGUCACCUUUCAAGAGCUGCUUGAUCCAAGUUUGGGAGAGCUGGAAUGUUCGCUGCAGAUUAGCUUCUUGGUCGAUAUGGGUUGGCUGUUAAAACAUUACUCCUUGGCAGGUUACGAAAACGUCCCUCUAUUUGUGUUGCAUGGCGAUGAAACACCCGAGUUGCAGAAGAAACCUAAUGUUACAGCAUUGAAGGUAGAGAUUAAAACACCGUUCGGUGUCCAUCACACGAAAAUGGGCCUCUACGGAUAUCGUGACGGUUCGAUGCGUGUCGUCAUUUCGACCGCCAAUCUGUACGAAAAGGAUUGGCACAAUCGUACACAGGGGCUUUGGAUUAGUCCAAGAUUACCAGCCGUACCGGAGGGGUCUGACACAACGUACGGAGAAAGCAGAACGGAGUUCCGCGCUAGUUUGCUGAAUUACCUAGAUGCGUACAAACUGCACCAGCUACAACCGUGGAUGGAACGAAUAAGAAAAACUGACUUUUCGGACGUAAAAGUAUUUCUUGUUGCAUCAGUUCCAUGUGGUGAACACUAUAUUCCCAUGGGUCCUUUUUGGGGUUAUCCUCGUUUGGGCCACCUACUAUCACAACACGCCACUCCGAUAGAUGAAUCGUUCCCGCUAAUAGCACAGAGCUCAGCAAUUGGCUGUUUCGGAAGAUCGCCAAAAUCAUGGAUCCAACGAGAAAUUUUGAACAAUUUUGGGAAAGACCGUGCAUACAGGAACAUUCGUCUGUUGCCGGGCUUUCGCUUUAUUUUUCCCACCUAUGCAUACGUAUGCAAUAGCCACGAUGGCUUGGAGGGUGGUAGUUGUUUGCCAUACACUCAAGAAGUGCACGAUAAGCAGAAAUGGCUAAAAAACUAUCUGUACCAGUGGCUUAGCCAAGCACGGCAUCGGAAUAAGGCGAUCCCGCAUAUAAAAACUUACUGUCGCUGGUCGCCCGAGGGUUUACAGUGGUUUCUACUCACAUCGGCCAACUUUUCUAAAUCAGCCUGGGGAACAGAUCGAUAUGACGGUUGUUUGCGUAUAAAUAAUUACGAGGCAGGUGUACUGUUCCUUCCAAAGAUUUUGUUGAACGAAGACUUCUUGCCGUUGGAUUCAAAUGGCAAGCAUCCCCAAUUUCCACUGCCUUACGAUGUUCCAAUUGUUCCGUAUGCUCCAAGGGACACUCCAUUCUUCAUCGAUUAUCUUCUUAAUGAUACAGAAUCGGGUUAA